UACAAUAUUGUUGGUAUGCACCUCUGCUGCAUAUUACAUAUUAUUUUAAUUCCUUCAUUAUUUUUUAAUUUCCUCCAGAGAGGACCAAUAACGAUAAAUGAACCAACACCAGUUGCACCAGGACCUGUCAAAAUCUCUCUCACACGUUCAGUUUAUUCAUAUGGAUCAGUUGCUGUAAGAUGGGAGUUUGUUCUAGGAGUUAAUGAGAGCAUACAGAACUUUGAACAGACUUCAGGAACAGUUUCAUUUGCAGAUGGUCAAUCUGAAGGGAUCAUCUCUUUACAAGCUAAGGCAGAUGAUAUAGCAGAAAACGAACAGGUCUACAAAAUACGAUUAACAUCUGUACACGGAGGAGCAGAAAUCAACACCAGCUAUUCUGACCUUCAAAUCAUUAUCCCGGCAAAUGAUGCAAGAGUGAGAUUUCCAGUCACAUCAAUAACAGUACCAGAAAAUGUCAGUAUUGUUGACCUGGAGGUCUAUAGAGGUCUUGAAGAAGAUGGCGUGACUAAAAUCGGGAAUGUCCAGGAAGCAGCGACCAUCAACUGGUAUGUUGUACCUGGAAAUACCAAACCGGGACAACACUUUGAAAGCAAAAACGAUACAGUUAUUUUUGGUCCUGGUGAGACAAAGAAAGCUAUUCAAAUCAAGCUCAUCAAUGACAAUGUUCCCGAGCUUGCGGAGAAUUUUUCAGUUCACCUUGAGACAUCUGUACACAAUGUUUACAUCGGUCAAGAUGGCGUUGCUAUGGUAACCAUUUUGCCAAACGACGACCAACAUGGCGUGUUUUCUUUUGGAACAUUUCCAAAAGUUUUGGACGAAGAUGACGAGAAUAGUGGAGACUUUUUUGUCGACAGGAGUGCGGGAACCUUUGAAAGUGUGUCCUUGUCCUGGAAAAUUACUGGUGGUUCAGGUGAUUUGUCUUCUGUGUUUGAAAAAACGUCAGGAAUUCUUGUUCUCGCCGAAGGAGAGUCUUCAAAACCCAUCUUAGUUGUUGUACGCAAAGACUCGACUCCUGAAGAAGCUGUAGAAUAUUUUCUUGAACUCUCUAAUACAACGGGUGGAGGUCGCCUUGACAACACACAAGAAGCACGCAGAGCUGUGUUCUUUGUGUCUGACAGCGAUUCAGUUUAUGGUGUCAUUGACGAGCACUAUACUCUUGUCCUGUAUCAAUAUCAGUCACCAAAGUAUUCACCAGGGACUUUGGGUCAGAACAUAAYGAUAAACAUCACCAUUCCCGCCAAUGAUGACCCGUAUGGUGUCAUUGAAUUCGCUGCUCGGGACUCUGUCAAGCGUGUGGCUGAGGUAAAAGAAGAAAACACCACAGUCAGUUUUGAAGUGCAGCGGAAUAAAGRUACCUUUGAUACUGUGGAUGUCUCAUGGGUUAUCCUUAGUGAUACAGACGCAAGCCUUGAUAUAUAUCCCACAUUCGGAGUCUUGACCUUCCUGGAAAAACAAGCAGCCGGGAAUAUUUCAAUUUACGUCUUGUCAGACAAGGUAUGCUUUAUAAAAUACUGCUGUUUAUGA